AUGGAAAUCACGCGUAGUUGUCGCCGCCUCUCCGCUCCGUUGCCGCCUUCGCCUCGCCUUCUACGAAGCCGAAGCACAACUCCGGCCACCCCACUACCUGAAAACAAUUCAUGCACGCCAAAUUCCGGCCAAAGAGCAAUAAAGCCCCGCCCAAAAUCAACGACGAAAUCAAGAACCAACAAAAAUGAAGAAAACAUUAGCCCCUCAAUCCUCAUUUCAAGCACGCAAAAGAAGCCGCAAGAAAAUACUCGUUUUGGUAAUUUCUUACACCGCGGCAGUCCACUUACUACUGGCACACCAAAGGGGGCAAGGUCGGUCACGAGUUCGCCGUCCGCGUGGGCUUUGUCGCCAGGGCGGUCUUCGCCGGAGCCGCCGGAAUCGGCAGGGUCUGGAGGAAAGAGGGUUAAAGGUGGCGUUAGUGGGGUUUUGAAGUACUUCAAGCAGAAGAAAGUGUCAAGAGUACAAGAGGAAGAGUUUCAUCGGUUCCGGGUUCUGCAGAAUAGAUUGUUGCAGUGGAGGUUUGUGAAUGCCAAAGCUGAGGCUCCCAUGGCUGCUGUAAAGGGAGUUGCAAAGGCGAAAAUAUUUUGUGUAUGGAUUAGAAUAUUCAAAAUGAGGAAAAGCAUAGUAGAAAUGCAAAUUCAAAUGGAACGGGUGAAACUUGAGAUCAAAGUAUAUCAAAUUAUCAACCCACAGAUUUUCCUUCUGAAUGAAUGGGCAAAGUUGGAGAGAAGAAAUCAAGAAUCAGUUUGCAGAAUGACAAGAAAAUUAUCAAGCCUAUCAAUCAGGCUUCCUUUAGUACAAGAUGCUAAGGCUGAUGUGGUGUCUAUAUACCAAGCUCUGAGCACGGCUAUGGAAGUUAUGGACAGCAUUGUGGCGAUGAUCACCAAAUUCUUCUCAAAGCAGAUUGAGACAAUCUUUUAUCUCCUUACAGAGCUCACAUGCACGUUAGAGCAAGAUGAAGAGCACCUGGAAGAAAUUGAGAUGGCAAUUACCUUGGUUUCUACAUUAUUGGCAAAGGAGAAAAGCUUACAAGUACAUCUCAUUCAAGCUACUAAGGAGUCAAGGAGAUGCCAAGACAGUACAGCAGCUGGUGCACUUGAAGAUACUGCCAGUGCAACAACUGCUCUGUCACGCAAGGAUCAAGGGCAAUCACUUGCCAUUCUGUUAGCCAAGAAUCAUGGCAAACUUGAUGAGGGGGGCAGUUAUUUGGCUUGGCUUUCUCAAACUGUUCCAACUUUGAAAAGCCAUGAUAUGAUGGGCAUUGUGGAUGAUUUUCAAGAUGAUAUGCUAAAUCACAAGAUGCUCCUCAAUCAACAACAACAGAAGGUUGCUACUGAUGCCUCAAACUUUGCUUAA